CUUAGGCCCGGAAAAGAUCAAGAUUCUAGAUGCCCUCUUGUAAUAAUACUUAAUGGAAUUCAAGCUUUAUUGGGAUAAGGUUAAGGCUCUAGAAGCUAUUCAGCAGCUAAUCUCAAAGACUGUUGGUAACUAUGAGUCUACGAUCGAGGGCGAGGAUGAGGACGAUAUUGCUAAGCAGCUAUUGCUUCUUAAAAAUAAGACUUAUUCUAUGGACUGGAAUAAGGAAGAUACGAUCCUGACUCAAUUUCAGGGCAUCCUCAAGAGCCCGGAAAGGACUAACCUAUCCCAAUGGGUUAUCAGAUGGCAGAAGAUCCUUACGGAAGCCCGGAAAAUCAACCUUCCAGACGUUCAAGGUAUCAGACCAACCCGACUUUUCCUUAAAGCCGUCUCUGACAUCAACCCUGACUUUACGGGCUACUGGUUUGCAAAAAUAGAGGAUCUUGCCUCUAAUGACGGACUGGAAUGGAAGAAGGAAAUUCCUGACGGCAUCAAGAUCAGCAAUAUGUUCGAAAGGCAUACCUCACAGCUAGCUGCUAGUAAGGCUGCCUUUUCCAGCUUUUAAGGGAUAUAGCCUCCAGCCACAGCUGCAGCCCCGACUCCAGCUUUAAAGCCAGCAAAAUUAGGAUCUUUAAAUAAGCCCG